CAUUUCUUUGGUAAAGAACACUUUACACUUUCCAUUUAUAAGUGCAAUUAUUUGGCAAAACCGCAUACGGUUGGCCAACGACCAAACUCCCAGCAUGCCCAUCUACGAAAGCGUUAUGCAGGAAAAGCCUCCUAUCGUCCUGGAAAUCGGUACCGCCUACACAAAGCUGGGCUUUGCGGCCGAACCGUCACCGAGGAAAAUCGUUCGCACAGAGGUUGUCCUGACCACGACGGGGUGUACCAAGCGGUUGUUUGACUAUGACACGACGGAGCAGCUCUACGAUCAAAUCGUCGACUUCCUGCAGUCCAUUUUCUUCAAGAACCUGCUGGUGAGUCCCAAAGAGCGCAAGUUCGUUGUGGUGGAGAACACUUUCGGCCCCACCCUCUUCAGGGAAAAACUGGCGAGAGUUCUCUUUGUCCAUUUUGAUGCCUCCUCGGUGCUGUUUGUGCCCGUCCACCUAAUGGCACUCUCCACGCUGGCCGUGCCCACCGCCUUGGUUGUUGAUAUCGGGUACAGUGAAACGAGUGUCAUGCCCGUCUUUAGCGGCGUACAAAUCAUGUCCGCUUUUAGAGACCAGAGCUACGGAGGCAGGGCCGUUCACGCGGAGAUCAAGCGCCAAUUGAUGGAGGCUGGCGUCAAGGAGAGCCUGCUGUCGGAGGGCGUGCUGGAGGAGAUCAAGGUACGAACCUGCUUUGUGACAACCUUCGAGCGGGCGCAGGGAUACGCCAAGGGUGGUGAAGAUCUGCCCAAGCCUCCGCCAGCCGUGGAAUUCAUUGUCAGAAACGAUGAUCCCGAUGAUGAAGAGAUGAUCCAGGUGCCCGGCCGGCUGAGAGAGACCGCCUUCGAGGUGAUGUUUGAGGCCAGCAAUGAGAGGGAUAGCUUGCCCCAUCUCAUUCUACGCUCCAUUCUCGACUGCACCGUGGACGUGAGGAAGUCGCUGAUCGAAAGUGUUUUCCUCAUCGGUGGUGGCUCAAUGCAUGCUGGGCUCUUGGCUCGCCUGAAGCACGAACUGCAGCACUUGCUCGUCCACGAUUCCUUUUACAAGACACGCUUCCAUGGUGACUUGCAGUUCAAGUUUUUCCCCGCCGUCGGGCAUCAGAACUUCACGGCCUGGCUGGGUGGAGCAUUGUGCGGCGCCACAGACCACGUUCAAACCCGUUCCUUGGCCAAGGACACCUAUCUGAAGAACGAGCACGUUCCCGACUGGAGUAAUCUCUGCGAUAAUCGGCCAACAGGGUCUUAAAGCCGAAAACCACACACGAUACACGCUUUAGAUCUAUUCAAGCACGCACUACCGACAGUUAUUUAUUGAAAUUGAUUGAAAUUGUAUUAUAUAAGCCUAAAGUAUCCUUCUCCUUACCCUUCCCCUGCAUGUGUAAAUUAUAGAAAAUACAAUUUUAUAAAACAAACAAAUUUAAUAAAAUUAAGCUUAACAAAAUCUA